UAACAGCCGAGCGAGCAGGAGUCAGAAACCGAGCGCGCAGAGAGGCUGCCGCGCGCGCACGUUUUCCUCUGCCGUGUGCUCGUUGACAACGCGCGCACGCAGGUUUGUCACUUGUGCACAUCCUUGUGCGCUCACAGACACAGUUUGCUCCCUCUCAGUGCACAAAUGACCUCUCGCCAUGUAUAUUUCCGCUCGCGAGUCCCGUUCACACGCGCGCUGUGGACCCAAUGCGCGUGCACGGGUUGUGGCACGGGUAUGACGCGAUAUUCUUUGUGCUUUGGACUUUUGGUGCAUCCUCCUUAAAAUAAAGGAAUUGUUUUCUUUAACCACUCCUGCCUUGAGUCGUUCUGGGAAUUCUGCAUCUUGGGUCCAAACCUCCUGCUCCUCAUUUGCGUCCUGGCUUAUUUUAUUGCAUUCCACUAGUGGUUUUAAUAGGUUUUUAAUGUUCUUUUCUUUUCUUCUGUCGGGUCUUUUUCAUGAUUGCGUAUGUGUUGCUUUCACAUUGUUUCCAUCUUCUGUUCACAUGUUUCCGUGUCCAUUUCUGUGGUUCUGCCUUUGUCCGCUGGUAGGAUCGUUACUGAUGUGUGUUUAGAGCAUUUAUAGCUUUUUGUUCUUCUCUUGUGAUUUUAUUUUGAUGUAAUUCUGUGCCUUCAAAAUGCCUGCAACCUCAUUUCUUAGCUCUGCUUUUUCCCCUCUUAUUUUAUUUAUUUACAUGCUAUUUCUGUAGCUAAAAUGAACUCUUCUUUUGGUAUUUGUUUGGGUGUGACUGCAUAGUUUAAUCCUUGAUUUUAGACUUCCUGUUCGGUUUUUGAUAGGGUGUGUGCCGACAGGUUAUGUACCCAUUUGUUGUUUGUUGUCUCGUCUUUUUUCCUUCCUUUUUUACUGCCUGUAAAAGACUGCGUGUCAUGUUUUUGAGGUUUUCCAGUUUCAUUAUUUGUCAGGUUUUUGUUUUUAUUUAUUCCUCUUGGUGUGUGUUUUUCAGGUGUGUGUUGAUGGCGUGUGGUGUGUUUCGUCUGGGCUUGGAAAUUGUUGCGUGAAGUAUUUUUUCCGCUCCUGGAUUUGCAUGUUGACUUUGUCUAGCUUGUUGACCGUGCAUCGUAUCCUUUCUGUCAUUAAUGCUUUCUUUGUUCUUUCCAUGAUUUUUUUGGCGUUGUUUCCUGGGAUCGGGUUCUUGAUGUUCAUCCUCUUGAGUGUGAUGUUCUCAUCUCCGCAUCGCAGGUUGAAUACUAGAUGGUACGCCGGAAACGGGCCCGUGUUUUUUCUAGCCUCUCCAAGCGGUGAAGAGCCUUGACUCCACUUUUUCCAAAACUCUCUUGUGAAUCGUUUACAACGUUCAUUAAGACCAGGCUCUCAGGGACUCCAGAAUGACCAGCAGUGUGGCAAAGGACCCGCUGGAGGUCCAGCAGAUCUGCCGCCUUCUCCAGUUUGUGUGUGAAGGCAACAGCGUGUGGAUAGAGAAGAUGUUGAACCUCGGGGUGGAAAAUCUCAUAAAUCUGACUGAGCCGAAGGAGAACAGAGGGGUGCUUCAUCAGGCAGUUUCCACCGGGAAAGAAGAGCUCAUUGACCUCCUCCUGUCUAAGGGAGCAACGCCUAACGUUCAAAACACACAGGGCCAAACACCAGUCAUGUUAGCAGCUGAGAGGGGGAACCACAUAAUGAUGACCAAGCUGAUCCAGAAACAAGCUGACAUGAGGCUCCUGGAUGCUGAGGGCAGAGGUGUGCUGUUCUACUGCAACUACCCCACCAGGUACCACAUCCGCUGCCUGCAGCUGGCUCUUCAAAACCAGGCAGACAUCAACAAUGUGUCAAGAAACGGCGAUCACGUCUUCCUGGUGAUGUGUAAGAAAGCUCAUGAGGUCACACCACAGUGUCUUAUGAUGCUAGACGCAGGCGUUGACCCAAACACCGUAAACCAGAAAACAAGAAGGACAGCGUUAAUGGAGGCAGCCCAGGUGGGAUCCCUGCAGCUUGUUCGAGCCAUUCUCAGGAAAGGGGGAGACCCCAGCGCUGUGGAUAAGAAGCACCUCACCGCAGCACACUAUGCUGCUAUGGGAGGCUUCCUUCAGGUGAUCCAGGUGCUGAGUGCAUACUUUGCUGAUUUUAAUGUGAUUAGCUAUGAUGGGUGCACACCUCUACACUAUGCAGCUGCUGAAGGCAAUGCCAGUUGCUGCAAGUUCUUAGCUCAAAGAGGUUGUGACCCUAAACUAAAGAACCAGGCAGGUUUGCUGCCACUUCAGAUCGCCAAAGACUCCAACCACCAAGCAGCCGCCAAGCAGCUAAGUGAGGCAGGAAAGCAGCACAGCAAAGGCCACAAAUCAGGUGGCAGUCUCCUGUCAGCUCGGUGGUUCCUGACCCUCCAUGACUGGUCCAAUGAGUUUGAGGCUGACUUACGAAAAGCCUUUGAGAGCAGAGACACGGUAACUAUCGGGACAUUUGUCUCUGUGUUGAAGGAGUUAAAUGCUCCUGUUGAGCCAGAUCACCUCCAAACAGUCAUCGCAGCUCAUGACCAGAGAAGCGAAGGUCACAUCAAUGUAACGGACUUCAUCAAAGGUGUUAAGUACAUAAAGAAAGAGUUUGUCCUGUCCUCCUACAUGCCAAAAACACCCGUGGAAAAACAAGGGAAAAAAGGAGGAAAGAAGAAGGGUGGCUAUGUCCCUCCCUUUCCUAUUUGUACUCUUCCACGAGAGCUUCAGCGCCGACGUCCAGAUGGGGGCCCGCCCUUAUUCAUGAUUGAGGAUGCCUCCAACCACUCAGACACCAGUCGCUUUUACAGCGAUCACCCACCGGAACAUCCCCUGAUGAACGAUUCAGGAUGGUACAUGGAGACGCCAGAGAAAACCUACGUCAAUAUCAAUUUCUGUGUGAGAAGAGGAGACUUUGCUUCUUUGGACCUUGCAUUCAGCAAGGAGGUACCAGUGGAUGUUCAAGAUGAGUAUUACAAGACACCACUAAUGGUGGCCUGCUCCAUUGGGAACAUUGAGAUGGUGCAGUACCUCCUUCGUCGCGGGGCUCAUGUUAACAGCCAUGACGAGUUCCUCUGGACACCCCUUCACCACGCAGCAUUUGAAGGACACCGGGACAUCGUUGAACUUCUAGUUCUAGAGUACGGCGCCUCUGUAGAUGUUCGGGAUCUCAGCAGAAGCACACCUCUCAUGUAUGCCAUCCAGAGAGGUCAUCCCUCAUGUGUGGACUUCCUCAUCAAGGAGGGCGCCAGUGUGACUGCAGCGAGCAAGUCAGGAGAAAACUGCUUGCAAAAGGCGAUAGCAUUUGGAAACUCAGAAGUUAUUGAUUUGGUGAAAAACAGUUUGGCUUCUCUGCCUAAAUCCCGCACCACUGAGAAGACAAAGAAAGGAACACCAAAACCAGAUAAACAGAAGAGUUUUGCUGCUGCGGGGGCUCUGCACACAAACACACCGGCUGUAACUUCAGGAAACACUCCAACACAGAUGGAUUCCAAGAGUGUCGUCGUCAUAAACAACAUGAUCGCUGCAGGGAAGGUCAACCGUGUGGACAUCAGCUUUGUGCCGAAAACGGUUUGGGGGAAACCACCUUCGACCAGCCAGCUGAUGUCAAAGAUGGAGAGACGAAGGGAGCGCAUAUCUCUUGAUUUUGAUCGUGAUGACUUGUUGGUGCCUUUCAGCCGCAGCACCCAGAGAAAGGUACUGGGGCUAACAAAAGUCUCAUCAGCAGGUAACUCUGGCAUGACCAGUUAAAGCUUCUUUCCGGAGUAGUUCUCUUAUCCGAUGGCACCAUCUAGUGGCUGACAAGCAUAUCACACUCCGUCCAUUUUUUUUAAGAUGGCGACUUCAUGUUUCUGCUUAUGAACGUGCUUCUGUAGCCGACAAACAGCUAAAACACGUUGUUUUACGAGUAUUAUUCUCAUGUCAUGUUGUGUUCUCAUAUAUUUAUGUUUUAGAGACUUUCUUGUCUGUGUAAAGUUCAUCAACUCUGCAUCAGCCGAGGUAUUCCUUAAAUGUGAAGCAAGUAAGCGGUAGUCUAACGCUAUUGGUUAGUUCUGGUCGGCGCUCAGUUUCCUAUAGCACGGAGCUCUGCGGGGCGGGGGGUGUGCUUAGCAGAAAAAAAGAAAAUUGACAUAUUGCUUAUAUUAUAUCACAGUACAUUUUAAGAUAAUCACUUUUAUGGAUUUCUGACAAACCAUACAUAAUUUCUGAAAGGGGAAAUCUCCGGAAAGCUACUUUAAGUGGGACACUCGUCUGCAGCAUCUCAUUCUUCUGCACAUUGAACUUCCUCUGUGUCUGAAAUGAGCAACAUAAAUAAAGCUGCUGGCCAGUGAUGCAUGUGACCUGAUGUUGAUUCAACCAAAUAAAAAUCCAACUGGAAAUGCAGUUUUGCAUAAAUGUACAUCAAGAAAACAACCUUGAUAUGCAUGGCAUUACAAAUAAAAGGUCACUCACCACCAGUGUUGUUAUUCAAUCUGUCAUCUGAGCAGAGAGUUUCUCUAUUUUUCCAAUUCAAGAGGAUAGUUUUCUUAGCGAUGCAUAUGGCAGUCAGAACCACGUGAGCCAAAGAUGUUUCAAUCGGGACAUCGUCCAGGUUUCCCAGUAGACAAAGAGAGGGGGUGGUUGGGAUAUGACAUUUCAGACAUUUUGACAGAUCCUCACAUACUCUACCCCAAAAUUCCUGGACAGGUGGGCAGGACCACAGUGCAUGAACGUAAUUGUCAGGAACGUUGUUUGUGCAGUGUGUACAGGUGUCAGACGACACAAACCCCAUCUUGAACAUCCGAUGACCUGUAUAGUGUACUCUGUGUAGAAUUUUGUACUGAAUUAAUUGUAAAUUGGGGUGUCUGAUCAUUUUAAAAGUUAUUAAACAAGUUUGGGACCAGAAGUUCUGGUCAAAGCUGA